AUGGCAGGACCUGAAACUCCAAAAGCCGCCGUUCCUUUAACAUGUCAUGGACAUUCACGCCCUGUUACUCAUUUGGGAUUCUCUGGGUUUGCAAAUUCUGAAGAGGAUGAAUACUACAUGAUAUCUGCAUGCAAGGAUAAUAAUCCUAUGCUUCGAGAUGGUGUGACUGGAGAUUGGAUUGGGACAUUCUUUGGCCACAAAGGCGCCGUCUACCAAGCUCGACUCUCUCCUGAUGCCAAUACAGCUGCCACAGCAUCUGCAGACUUUACAGCCAAGGUAUGGGAUACACACACCGGCGAGGCUAUCUUUACCUUCCAACAUAACCACAUUGUUCGAGCUGUCGCUUUCCCUCAUGAAUCCAACUCCUUGCUUGCGACAGGAGGGAUGGAGAAGAAGCUACGCCUUUUCGACCUCGAUAAUGCGAAUGCUAUAACUGCUCCCACCGCAAAUGGAGCCUCUACUCCGAACGGUAAUGGAGCAGUGGAUUCGAAAAUCAUUUCAGCAGAAGCUGGCUUCGAAAUUGGUGCAGGAGUUCACAAAGGCACGAUCAAAUCCAUUGUCUGGACUCGCGAUCCAAAUAUCCUCGUCACAGCUGCAGAUGAUAAAGUCAUAAGAUGGUGGGAUUUGGCAAAUCGCGCAGUCAUCCAGGAGAAGAUUGUGGAUGGAGACAUUGGAUCUUGCGAAUUUACGAACAUUAAGCCCCAAUCCAAUGACAUUGGAUCUGGUUUACCAGUCUUGUGCAUCGCAGCAGGCAAGAUGGUUUACUUUUAUGGUGGAAAUGAUGCUCGAACUUUGAUCAAGAGUGUCACUCUCCCAUAUACUGUCGCAAGUGUUGCUCUUCACCCGAUGCAACGAAAGUUCAUCACUGGUGGGGUUGCAGAUACUUGGGCCAAGGUAUAUGAUUAUGACAGUGAGCAGGAGAUUGACCUCCACAAAGGCCACCAUGGUCCUAUUUGGAGUAUCAGCUUCUCUCCUGAUGGAAAACUUUAUUCGACUGGCAGCGAGGAUGGUACCAUCAAGUUGUGGAAGAAUUGCCAAGGAGCAUAUGGAUUGUGGAAGACGGAAUGA